GCGGGCCACAGGGAGGGAGCGAGGGAGAGAGAGGGAGGAGAGAAGAAGGUACACAGGGAGAGCGAGAGCGAGAGGGGGAGGAGGAGAGAGGAGAGAGGAGAGAGGUUAUUCGGGGCAGAAGGAGCAGGAGGAGCAGGAGGACGACAACCACAUCGAGGAGAGAGGCGACGACGACGAAGAAGAAGGUCUUCAAGGAACACCAGCGAUGGCCGCCCAAGCUCUUGCAGCACUACGCCUCCCCGCCUUGGCGGCGGGGUUGACUCCUCAGCGUGUUUCCUCUUCGUCUUCAUCCUCCUCUUCUCCCAACACACCAGAACCAUCUCUGCCAUCCUCCUCCUCCUCUUCUUCUUCUUCUUCUCCUCUGUUCUCUUCGUCCUCUCCGGCCGCCAUAGCCGGCAAGCUUCUAUCUCGAGGAACUACACCAUCAUUCGCAUUCCGCUCGUCGUCGAAUGAAGGAGACCCAUCGACAGCCUCCAUGGAGGCUUUCCAGGUGGCGCUUAAUCCCACCCUUCCGUAUGCUGACAUGCUGAACUUUCGCGGAACUUUCAAUGCUCAAAUCGUCGUUGGGGAGAAUGAAUCCGUGGAGUCAGUGGUGCGGAGGUUCCGCAGGGCAGUGAUGCAAGCUGGAGUGAUCGCAGAAUGUCGACGGCGGAGAUUUCACGAGACGCCUCAGGAUGUAAGGAAGAGGAAGGAGCAGAGUUCUAGGAGGCGGAGGACUAGGGGCAAGGGGAAGAGACCGGGAGGCGGAAGGCCCGGGGUAGGAAUGGGAGAUUCGGCAGAGAAGGUGCAGGAGGCCGGAUGGGGUUUCGAGAUAACAGACGAGGGAGAGCGUUGGGAGACCGAUGAGCUCUAGAGAGAGAGAGAGAGAGAGAGAGAGAGAGAGAGAGAGAGAGAGAGAGAGAGGACGAGAAAGCGCUUCUGGGAGGAAGAAGAUGGCGGUGUGAGAGAGGAUAUGGGGAAGAUAAAGGAGAGGGAGACUGACUGAACGUUGGAGAUAAGGGAUUAGGGAGAGAAAGUUCGUGCAGAGUUUGAGAGGGGAAGUUGGUUGGUGAUACACACACAUACACAGAUACACACACACACAUACACACACACACACACACACACACACAGAGAGAGAGAGAGAGAGAGGUACUUGCCUCGUGAGGGAGAGUUUUGCAACUGAGAGAAGCAGAACGCUGCUUGCUGUGCGGAAACGUUUUAAGUCCUCCUUACAGUGAUACCCUUCUUCGCUUUUUAUCAAACGCCAUGAGGCUGGAAAGGGAAAAAAAAAAAAAAAAAAAAGAGGUUUCGAGUUGUUCUUCAUUCAUUUGUCAGUUUGCAGUUUGCCCUGCUUUGGACUACAGCGCCUACGAAUUUGAAUGGCUUUUGAGUU